AUGGAGCAGGGAGCAGUUCAACUAAAUAAAGUUAACAUUUCCUGUUCCAUCUGUUUGGAUCUACUGAAGAAUCCAGUGACUAUUCCCUGUGGACACAGCUACUGUAUGAACUGCAUUAAAGCCUCAUGGGAUACUAAUAGUCAAAGGAGGAUCUACAGCUGCCCUCAGUGCAGGAAGAUCUUCACACGAAAGCCUGUGCUGAAAAAAAAUAUCAUGUUAGCAGAGUUGGUGGAGGAUCUGAAGAAGACAAGACUCCAAGCUGCUCCAGCUGAUCACUGCUAUGCUGGACCUGAAGAUGUGGCCUGUGAUGUCUGCACUGGAAGGAAAAGGAAAGCUAUCAAGUCCUGUUUAUUCUGCCCUGCCUCAUAUUGUAGAGAUCACCUCCAACCUCACUAUGAUGCUUCACCAUUAAAAAAGCACAAGCUGGUGGACCCCUCCAAGAAUCUCCAGGAGAACAUCUGCUCUCGUCAUGAUGAGGUGAUGAAGAUCUUCUGUCGUACUGAUCAGCAGUGUAUCUUCACUGAGCUGAAGAGGAAAGAUGCUGAGCUGAAAAAGCUCCUAAAAACAGAGGAUCACACCCAGUUUCUGCAGAACUACCCCUCACUGUCAGCACUCAGUGAGUCUACACACUCAGCCAGCAUCAGUUCAUUGCCAAUUAAAGAUGUAUCACAGCUAAGUGAUGAACUACGAGACAUGCUGAGAAAUGCAUGGACAGGUAUAUUGCUGUCAGACACCAAAGUAGAUGUUUUACUCUUGAAAUCAGAACCAAAAACCGGGAUGGAAUUAUUAACCUAUUCAAAAAAAAUCCAACUGGAUCCAAACACAGCAAACAGAUAUAUAUUGCUAUCUAAGAAGAACAGAAAAGUAACAUUAAUGGAGCAGCUACAAUUCUAUCCAGAUCAUCCAGACAGAUUUACUCGAUGGUGGCAAGUACUGAGUAGAAACAGUCUGACUGGACGUUGUUACUGGGAGGUGGAGUGGAUCGGGGAAGCAGUUUAUGUUGCAGUUGCAUACAAGAACAUCAGCAGGAAAGGAACGUCCCAGGAUUGUGUUUUUGGAUUCAACAAAAACUCAUGGGCUUUACAAUGUGAGGAAGGAUCCUACACUUUUUGGCACAACAGUGUUAAAACUCCAGUAUCAGGUCCAGUUUCCUCCAGAAUAGGAGUGUAUCUGGAUCACAGAGCAGGUAUUCUGUCUUUCUACAGCGUCUCUGAAACCAUGACUCUCCUCCAUAGAGUCCAGACCACAUUCACACAGCCUCUGUAUGCUGGGAUUUGGCUUUCUGAUGACGGAGACUCUGCUGAGUUUGUUAAACUAAAACAGUCAGAUUGAUCUGAGGUCCAGUUGUUUAAAUGUGGACUGGGUUCCAGUUCUGACAGACCAAAAACUGGCAUUCAGCAAUUUCACCAAGUUGUUUAAAAUUUAAAUUCCUACUGAGGAAUUGAAAGGUUGGAUCCAGGAGAGACCCUGACCAGACCAGAUUAAGGAUGAUCUGAUCUGCUGUGUGCUGAGAUCGGCAGUAUAAAUUCAUGUUUUUUUUUUUCAUUAAUUAAACCAUUUAAAGUCUGCAGCCAUGUUUGUUCAUUAAUGUUUUUUAAUAUGUGAACGUAAUUCCAAU